AUGCAAAAAGAAGAUGGACUCGGAGAGGAAGAUGUAUCGAUGAGACGUCCACUCAGUGACGGCACUCUAUCAGAAUCAAAUCAUCACCAAAAUGGACAUAUGAUUGAUAGUAACGGUGUGAAUAUGAGUAAAUCUCAUUCAGAAUCCGCCCAGUCUGCUGUGAUAAAUAUCCUUGGGAAUGCUUCUUUGAACACAGAUCUACAUAUUGAAGAGGUUGACUUCAGUCGAUCUGAUAAGUUAAAUGCGACAAUGAGCGAGGCACAUUCUACGCAACAUCAAAACGGUGGUGAUGGAUUAAAGAUGAAUUCGCAUCUGAAGAACGGAGGCUCUGAAAUAAAUUCAGAAUUCUCAAACACGAGUCAACAGUUAUUGAAACAUCCGGUCGAAGGUGUAUUCGCAAAUGCGCAAACAGCUUCAAAAAUUGAUGAUAUCGAUGGUCGAAUCGCGGCUCAGUCUGAUGAUCCACUCAAUCAAUCGAUUGUUUACGAUAAGUCAAUGGAACAACAACAACAAUCGCCUCAAAUCGAACAAACUUGUUCAGCCGGAUUGAAUGAUCCGUUAGUUGAUGGGGGCAUUAUUGAUGAUAUACCGAACGAAUCACCCGCUAGUCCUGAACCAAUGCGUGAAUUGACGUGGCUUCCGCCACUCUAUGUUCCAGAAAUUCCACUGUCAACCGGCGACAACGAGAGGGUAACUUCUCCGGAAAGUUGUCGUGCACCACCUCCAUCGUACGAAGAUGAUCCUCAGAUGAUGCAAGCCGUGAUUGACCUAUCCGCAACAGUGGAUGCGAAGAAGUUGAGUGCUCCGCCGAGGAAACCUCCACCGCUGGUUCCGGUGCCGAUCGAGCCGCACAGUGUUGUGAGGACAUACGAUCGAACACCGCCGUGUUUCAGUCGUUCAGCUUACGCGAAAAGGAAUACGGCCGUUGCCACUUCAUGGAAACAUCGUGACAGAGAACAUCACCAAAAGCAACCGCAAUCAUCAGGUAACGCUGCUUCAGUUGGGACUUCAAAUGAAACAGUGAAACGUCAUUCGAGCAAUCCGAAUAUUGCACAUGAACCAUCCACUUCUGCAACGCAGAGAUACUCAACUCAUGAUAGCAUGGUUAGAUUUGAUUUCGAAUCAUUCAUAGUGUGCUAA